GAAUUCCUGCCUGCGUGUAUCUCAUUACUCACAAAACGUGUUCUCACAAUCUCCAAUGCUUUCCCCACGCCCCACGUCAAAAUAAACGGGCCGCGCAAUCUGCCCGAAAGCUUGAUUUCUUUCUGUCCUCUGAAAUCGAUCACUCUCCACUAUUAUAUACAUGCCGGCAUUAGGAUAUCGUGCCUGGACUUGGCUACAUGUGCUAUCAUGGCGGGGUACUAUGUGAUAUGCAUGGAUGCUUAGAGUUGUACGUCAGCUCUUAUUCAGGGCUUGUAUGAUGGGAGUAAGAUAAGAAAAGGUAAGUGGAUUGAUUGCUGAUAGGGAAGGGAAGGGAAGGGAGAGUAUAAGUAUUGUACCUCUCUUCAACUGCUAUCUCUUCUUUGUCCAUACUGUGUCUGUCUCAGUUCAUCUGUAUUCUGAUAUCUGCAAAUCUGAAUCUACUACUUUUCCACAAUGGCAACCAUCUAUGAUGAACCCACUGGCUGUAAUUGCGAUAAUGAGUCUACCUAUGAUCAAUCAGCUAUAGACGCAGCAUGCAAACAAGCAUUACUGCUCGCAUCCGAAAAGAAAACAGUUGGAAAGGAUAAAUAUCCUCAUGCAUAUAAUGACUAUGAAAAGUUUACCUUCAUUCCCGCCGCCAAAAAGCCCUACCUCGAAUUUCCUAUUCUCUCCAACGGUGCAACAUAUACUGGUUCAGAUCCCGCUUCCCCGGGUGCGGAUCGCAUCGUUAUUGGAAGCAUUGCUACGGAUUAUAAAUCUGCCAUUUUCUGUGCUGUGAUCACACAUGAUGGAAGUACUAAGAAUGGUUUUACUGAGUGUACGAAUACUGGAGAUAGUGGAGAGGGAGCGUAUGAAAGGAGAGACAGGGAAGAGGAGGGGAAAGAGGGGAGGGAACUAUUGGAGAGGAUUGAUUUGUAGCUCCAAGAAAACUUUUUGAUAAAUGCCGAUAUUGGAGGCUCGAAUGAGAUCUAUGCGGGUAGCUCUCUAUGGGAUACUUAGGGUGUUACAGAACUACAAGGCAAUUGAUACCAAUUAUGAUUUGUUGCUGCAU